AUGGCGUCGUUAUUAUCCAGGCCGGGCGGUAGCCCAAGAGCGGAGCUGAUGCUCCUCGUGAUGGUGGCCUGUAUGCUUCUGGUGACAUAUUCGUCCUUGCAAUCAGCACGAUCAGAGGUCACUGACAGGGUCCCACUGAAGGAGGAAUCGGUUCUCGAAUCAUUGACGAAAGUCGACGUGCAACAACAUGUGGCCGUAACGACAAGCUCUAGCAGUAUUGUUAGCACCACAACCACUGUCGCUACGACAUCUAACACUCCUUUACCAAACACCCCUUUACCAGAAGCGACACCAAUUCAACUCGACCAAGAACCCCCGCUUGACUUCGACUCAAGUCUGGAUGUCGCGCCCGAGAAUGCUCUGGAUAAGACCGACAGUCCACCAACAGACUUUGAUGGCCUAGAGGAAGACUUUUCCAUCCCACCAGCCGAUCCAGUAACCCCAAACAAAGUUUUCAAAGCAGUCCUCAUCGAAUCUUCACUCACCUCACCCGCUCUGGUUCCCGUCCUCAUGCACUUCUCCUCCGUCCUUCCCACCCACUGGUCCUUGGUGAUCUUCACCUCCCCAAACAACUUUACCGUUCCCCAAUCGCCAGCCUUCCGCAACCUCUUGUCCUCCAGACGACUAGACAUUCGCUUCCUGCCCAAGAAUGUCACCUUUACCAAUAGCGCCUCGGUCUCCAGGUUUCUCGCGUCUUCCAACGGCUGGUUGUGGAACGAGCUGGCUGAUGCCGAGCGAGUCUUGUUCUUCCAGCUCGACAGCAUCAUCUGCGCCAACUCCAUCGCCACCAUUGACGACUUUGUGAAGUGGGAUUAUGUAGGGGCGCCGAUUAAUAGCACGUAUGGUGAAGGGUACAAUGGGGGGUUGUCAAUCAGAAACCCGAGGUUGUUUUUGGAGGUGGUGAGGGAAGGGAAUUACACCAGAGGGUUUGAGGAUCAGUGGUUUUAUAAGAAGUUGAAGGAGAGGAGGGCACAGGGGGAUUAUAGGGUUAGGUUGCCGGGGGUGGAGGAGGCGAAGAGGUUUGCGGUUGAGACGCUUUGGGGGGAUAGGCCGCUGGGGUAUCACCAGCCGCAGAGGUGGUGGAAGGGGAAGGCUGGGGAGAGGAUGGGGGAGAUUGAGGAGUGGUGUCCUGAGGUUGGGAUGCUGAUUGGGAGGAGGGCGAAGUAA